GAUCCACCCACUUCGACAAGGUACGGGAUGGGCGAUGGGACAUUUCCCUCCGCCUCCUAACUAGUCACUGACACAGUCGCUGUCAUGGCAGCACACCUGAAAAAGCGAGUUUACGAGGAAUUCUCCAAAGUUGUACAGAUCCCACAGGAAGAAGCUCCGGCCAAAAAGCUCCGUCUGUGCAAACCCAGCAAGUCUGCAGCGCUCCACGUUGACCUCUGCAAGGCCACCAACUCCACGGAUGCUCUGCAGUACCUCCUGCAGUUUGCACGCAAACCUGUGGAGGCGGAGAGUGUGGAGGGUGUGAUCAGGAUUCUGUUGGAGCACUACUACAAGGAAACGGAUAACUCAGUGAGGCUGAAGAUUGCUUCUCUGCUGGGUCUGCUGUCCAAAACGCUGGGCUUCAGUCCCGACUGCAUCGUGGAGGACAUCAUCAACACUGUCUCCAAUGAGAAGUCUCAUCAGGUCCUGGCUCAGCUGCUGGACACUCUGCUUAUCAUUGGCGUGCAGCUGCCCGAAAGCCCGGCGGUGGCUCACCGGCUCGUAGACGUGGCCUGCAAGCACCUGUCCGAUACUUAUUUUGGAGUGAGGAACAAAUGUCUGCAGCUGCUGGGCUGUCUCGGCAUGAUGGACAGCCCCCUGAGCAAAGACGCUGAGGGACUUGGCACAUCCAUAGCAGCCGUGAAGGAUGUUCAGAGUAUCAUCAGUGACCAUUUCGGAGAUCAGGACCCCAGAGUGCGCACGGCAGCCCUCAAAGCCAUGCUGCAGCUACAUGAGAGAGGAAUGAAGAUUCAGCAGAUCAUUUAUGACCAGGCAUGCAGGUUGUUGGCAGACGACUACGAGCAGGUUCGCUCUGCUGCAGUUCGGAUUGUUUGGGUGCUGAGUGUGUUGUAUCCUGAGAGCAUCGUGCCCAUCCCAUCGUCCAACGAAGAGAUCCGACUGGUCGACGACGCCUUCGGGAAGAUCAGUCACAUGGUCAGUGACGGCUCCUGGAUGGUGCGGGUGCAGGCUGCCAAAACGCUGGGUUCCAUGUUGCAGGUCAGUCCUCACUUCCUGGAGCAGACGCUGGACAAGAAGCUGAUGUCAGACCUCAGGAGGAAGCGGACGGCCCACGAGCGCGCGAAGGAGCUUUUUGCUUCGGGAGAGUUCUCCUCGGGCAGGAAGUGGGCCGACGAUGCUCCCAAGGAGAAACUGGACACCAACACUGUCAACCUCAUCGCCUCGGGAGCCUGCGGCGCCUUCGUUCACGGUCUGGAAGACGAGAUGUUUGAGGUCCGCAUCGCGGCGGUGGAGGCGUUGUGCCAGCUGGCUCGCUCGUCUCCCAGCUUUGCUGAGAAGUGUCUGGACUUCCUGGUGGACAUGUUCAAUGAUGAGAUCGAGGAAGUGAGGCUGCAGUCCAUCCACGUGCUGAGAGAGAUCUCUACGCACAUCACCCUGAGAGAGGACCAGCUGGAUACUGUGCUGGCUGUGCUGGAGGACUCGUCCCGUGACAUCAGAGAAGCUCUGCACGAGUUACUGUGCUACACCAACGUGUCCACCAAGGAGUGCAUCCAGCUGGCUCUGCUGGAGCUUCUGAAGAACCUCAACAAGUAUCCCUCGGACCGCAACUCUGUCUGGAAGUGUCUCAAGUUUUUGGGUUCCCGCCACCCAAUGUUGGUGUUGCCGCUGGUCCCCGAAUUACUCAGCACACACCCAUACUUUGACACACCAGAACCUGACAUGGACGACCCGGCAUACAUUGCUGUUCUGGUGUUGGUGUUCAACGCAGCCAAGUCGUGUCCCACCAUGCCGGCGCUCUUCUCUGACCACACCUUCAGACACUACGCCUACCUCAGGGACAGUCUGUCCCACCUGGUCCCGCCUCUACGACUGCCUGGCAGGAAGCAGGUUCCUGGUUUGGACUCUGUAAAUUCUGGAUCUGAGUCGGGUUCUGUGGAAUCGGCUCAGCUCUUCCUGCAGCAGAGUCUGGACAGGAUCAGCACCAUCCAGAACCUGGAAGCACCUGGAGCUCAAGACCUGCUCAUUUUCACCAUACGUGACCUGCAGAGACUGGGCCAGCUGCAGACAGAACUUGCUGGAGCUGCUGACUUCUGCGCUACGUACUUGCGCUGCCAGCUUCUACUCAUCAAGGCUCUGCAGGAGAAGUUGUGGAAUAUGGCGGUCCCUCUGUGCCUCAAACAGAAUGUCACGGCCUUGGCGGCUGCUCAGCAGGUUCUGGAGGAAAGUUACAAGUUGGAGUUCAUGUACAGCGGCUUGGAGAGCAGACAGGUGGCCAUCGCACAUGACGUGCGCCUGCAGGCCAAAGCGCUGCAGCUUAUCCUGAGCGUUCGCACCGCACACGGGCAGGAGCCACUCAUCAGCAGCUGUGAAAAGUUUCUGCAGGAGCUGGAGUCCUUUCAUAGGCUGUUCCUGGCAGAGCUGCCUCACCUUCAUGACAGCUUUGUGGACAAACUUUUGGAGAUGAUGCCGCGCCUGUCAUCCUGCAAGCCUGCGGAGCUUGUCAAGAUUCUGCAGACAGCUCUGAGGCAGAGCGCUCUGCUGCAGCUCACGCUGCCUCCACAGAUCCAUCGAGCCACAGCCAACAUCAUCGAGCCCACAGGGGAGUCUGACAACCCGCUGAGGUUCACCUCGGGCCUGGUGGUGGCGCUAGACAUUGACGCUACCUUGGAGCAUGUCCGUGACCCCCAGAACUCGGUCAAAGUGGAGGUUCUGUACCCAGACGGCCAGAGUCACGUGAUCCAUCCCAAACCCGGAGACUUCCGAAAACCUGGGCCUGCAAGACACAGACUCAUCACACAGGUCUACCUGUCUCACAGCGCAUGGACAGAGCCGUCUCAGGUGGAGGUGCGCCUCCUGCUGGCCUACAGCUCCUCUUCCUCCUCUUCAGAGUCCAAGUUGGCAUGGAACGACAGCCUUGACAGCCUCCCGCCACCAGAGGCCGCCGUAGAAGGGACCAUUGCCUUCAGCAAGCCUGUCAAAGUCUUCAUCAUGCCAAAACCUGCCAGACGCUAACGAGACCUCCCCCGCCCUUGUGUAUUUCAUUCAUCAUUUAAAAAAAAAAAAACGUCUUCAAAAAACUAUGAAAAAUAAACUAGAUAGUUGCACUGCGUAAUGUCACCGAUAUUUUUUAUUGUAAAUAUAUCCUGCCUUCAUAUGGAGAGAGCGUGAAUUCCGUGUGUAAAAGUCAAAAUGAUUUCCGCAAGCGGAGAUGAAGACUAGAUUAGGCCGCUUUCAUCCCAGCGCGAAGCUCAGGUGUCUUCAAGGAACGUUGACUUCAGCAGGUGGAGUGGAAAACCCCGCCCACCUUGAUGCCCUGUCUAGCCAGUGCGUUGUAUUCAGCGACAGCCUGUUCCGUCUGCAGGACUCGGACGUCCACCCCCCGCUUUGCCACACAGUCCAAUGUGGAGGCGGGAACCUGACACAAACAUGCCCCCUAAGUCAUUGUGACCUCAAUCAGCGUCAUUUCAUUCUGAUGACUACCUGCAGGGCCAUGUUCAUGCCUCGGCCAAUCACCAGCACCUUUGCUCCUUUGUCCAGCACCUCCUGCAGAUCAGCAGGCUGGACUCCCGGGUGGUGCUGAUGAAGAGUCACACGUUAAACAGGAAAUACAAACGUGUCGCAUGCAAUGUUCCCGCUAAUUUUUCAAGUGUCUGAGAAUACAAACAAACAACCUGAGCAUUACUUGGAUCUCUGUGAGCGCCAUCAGAUGUGCACACUUGUAGUAUCACACCCGUCCAAAACCUGAGAACUUGAGGUAGUCCAACUUCCAUUCUGUUGUAUUUUGUGUAUGAGGGGGUUGAAAAGGUCCGCAAGGCGUAUUUCACAAAGUAGCUUUCUUUUUGGUCCACCUCAGACAAAACAAGCUGUGGAACUAUCUCAUCCAAUUAAUGAUCUAAAUCUUGCAGGUAACAAUAGUUUAUCAUUUCAUUUUCCAUUUCUUUUCUUUUUUUACCAUUUAUUUUGUUAAUUAUGUUGACUGUUAUUUCCUCAUUUCCUUUCUGUUUUGCAGCAGCCUGUUCUGGUACUAUUUCAUUCUGGAAAUGUACUUGAAAGUGAUGGCACAUUUGAUGAAAAUGUUUACUUUUGUCAAAAUAAAAAAUGGAAAAAAAAACUCCAUGAAAGAAACAACUACCUUCUGGUCCCUUCGGCAUCACUCG